UCCCGAUUUGUUUGAGACAACAAUUACAGUUUUUUCUUCUAAAAACGAACAUUUCAUCUUAAAACUUAAAAUGGCUUCUGAAGGAAAGUUCCACAGCAGGAUUUACUUCCUCUGCCCAAUCUGCAAGAAGGCUCCACGCACUCUUCCUGGCCAUCUUAGGACGAGUUGCAUGCAGGGAAUGAGUGAGGAAGAAAUCAAAGCCGUUGUAGUGCAGUCCAAAACAGAAAUGUCCGAGUUCUCCCAAAAUGGGCGCUUCUGGGAGUACAACCGUAUUCUGGAGAUUUUUGGAACUGCUAAUCCUCUUGCCAGCUUGUUAAAGGAAAUGGACAAGAAGGGCUUGGUGGUGAGGAACAUUCCUCCUAUAAUUCACGAGCCUGCUUCUUAUGGUCAGAGCUCCACGAGAGAUGCUGAGAGUGAGCAGUCAGAUGAACCAGCAGGACCGGCAGAACCGGAGAUAGCGUCUGAUAUCAGCUCUGAGGAGUGCUAUCAGAGCAUUGGCGGACCGAAGUGGACCUCUGAAGUUAGAGUGGAAAUGAACAGAAGGGGCCUCUACAGGAAGCACCCUAUUGAUCAUGUCCUUCUUCAGGGGUUCUUCCAGUUCUUGCGUGUUGACUUGAACAACAAGAGGAGCAAGCAAGAGGUUGAAAAUGUAUCAAGGUUCAUGUACUACAUGAACUCCAAAGAGCCGGAACUGCUGUUUGUUCGUGACGUGGAGAAGGUGCGGCAGUACUUUAAUGUACUCACUGAGGCCAAACUCGCCAAACAAACAGUGCUAAAUUAUUGGAAAAGUCUUAAUAGGUUCAUGAAGUACACCCUCACUUCAACAAAUCUUUUCAUCAAGGACAAAAUUCUAUAUGAUGAGUGUAAAGCGUUUAUUGAGCCUUUGAACGGCAUACGCAAUGGUAUGUCUAAGCAGAUCAAUAAAGAGUUGACACAGAAAAGGUACCAUAGUUAUGGUAAAGAGAAGGCGCCGGCAGACUGUGUGGCCAUACUUAACUUGGCUCGUGCUGAUUUCCUUGGACUUGUUUCAAAACUCUCGCGUCCAAAAUCCGCUACUCUUCACAAGGACGACCGUCUGCUGUUCCUCUAUUAUUUGGAGGCAAUCGUCAUGCUCAAGCUCCUCCAGCGCCCUGGCGUCGUAAGCAACAUGACUGUUGAGGAAUGGCAGGGAAGGAAACGCUCACAGAACGGCUGUUCUGUUGCUGUUAAGGAGCAUAAAACAGCAGCAUCACAAGUGGCAGAACUGCCUCUGACAGCUGAACAAGAACAUUGGUUUGAACUGUACUUUGAAAAAAUUCGGCCACUGAUGCUCCAAGGUCCCAGGUCAAGGGACGACACAAUGGCAGAGGAACAUUUUUUUAUUUCAAGUUCAGGAAGGCCAAUCCACAACCCCAGCAACGACCUCUGUAGACUCCAUACAAAAUACAACAUUACACCUGUUAGCAGCGGUGAUGCCAGGAUGGCAUUUGAGACGGCAGCAAAGAACAUGCCAGAGGUAGAACGAAAUGCGAUAGCUCGGCUCUUGGGACACACCCCGGAGACAGCCGAGAAGCACUACCGGAUGAGAACUCCGGCAGACGCAUUUCUGGCGCAACGUCUCUUGGAGGAAAUUGCUGGACAAACACGACCUGGAUCCAGUGCGUCCACUAGCCAAGAACAGAGCGUGGAUGUGUCUGAAAGGCCUGGAUCCAGUGCGUCCACAAGCCAGGUGAUGGAUAUGACUGAAAGGCCUGGUUCCAGUGCGUCUACAAGCCAGAUGAUGGAUGUGACUGAAACGUGUCCCCCUAAAAAGGAUCCAUAUGCAUGUUUUGUCAUGCUCCAGAGGCUUCCCUAACACUCUGGCAAUGUGAGCCUUGUGGCACCGUUCAAAUGAACUUACAUAUUCUUAGUAAAAUAAAAGCAGGCAGAGGAGCAAUGCAUAAUUUACACAGACAUAUUUUCACAACUGAGAGAGAGCAGCCAGAUGUUUAACCAGCAGAACCGGAUCCAUCAUCUGUUCAGCACUGGGGACCGAAGAAUUAAUAAUUUACACUGACAUAUAUUGACAACUGAGAGAGAACCGCCAGCAGUUUAACCAGCAGAACCGGAGCCAGACCCUGUUCAGCACUGGGGACCGAAGAAUUAAUAAUUUACACAGACAUAUAUAGACAACUGAGAGAGAACCGCCAGCAGUUUAACCAGCAGAACCGGAUCCAUCAUCUGUUCAGCACUGGGGACCGAAGAAUUAAGAAUUUACAAUGACAUAUAUUGACAAGUGAGAGAGAACCGCCAGCAGUUUAACCAGAAGAUCCGGAACCAGACCCUGUUUAGCACUGGGGACCGAAGAAUUAAUAAUUUACACAGACAUAUAUUGACAACUGAGAGAGAACCACCAGCAGUUUAACCAGCAGAACCGGAUCCAUCAUCUGUUCAGCAUUGGGGGACCAAAGUGGACCACUGAUGUUAGAGUGGAAAUGGACAGAAAGGGCCUCUACAAGAAUAUUAAGGGGUUCUUCAACUAUUUGUGCAUUGACUCAACAAAAGGAGCAAACACGAGAUACAACAUUCCACCUGUAAGCAACAGUGAUGCCAGGAUGGCAUUUGAGACGGCAGACUAAGAACCUGUUGGAGGUGGAGCGUGAUGCGGUGGCUCAGCUGUUGAGACACACUCCAGAGACAGUCGAGAAGCACUACAUCUAGUUGAGGACAUUGCUUGAAAAACAUGACCUGGAUCCAGUGCGUCCACACGAAGACAACAGAGAUAGGAUGUGUCUGGGUGGACUUCCAACCUUUCACAGGCUUUUCUGAUACUGAGGCAGGGGAAAAAUGAAGAAUUUACACUGACAUAUAUUUACAACUGAGCAAAUAAGAGACCUGGAUCCAGUGCGUCUACAAGCAGACAACAGAGGGUGCAUGUGGACUUCCAACCUUCCACAGGCUUCCCUGAUACUGAGGCAGGGGAGCAAUGAAUGACAUAUAUUGAAAACUGAGAGAGAGCCACCAGCUGUUGAACCAGCGUCUGUUCAGCACUGGCGGACCGAGGUGGACCUCUGAUGUAAGGGUGGAGAUGAAGAGAAAAGGGCAUGUCAUGGAGUUGGAGGACCAAACAUGAGCAGUUAUGCCAGGAUGGUAUUUGAGACGACAGCAAAGAACCUGCCGGAGGUGGAGCGGUAGCUCAGAUGUUGAAACACACUACAGAGACAACAUAGAAGCACUACCAUAUGAGAACUCCGGCAGACGCCUUUCUGGUGCAACAUCUCGUUGAGGAUAUUGCUGGAAAAACACGGUAAACCAUACAAACAACAAUGUGUGACAGUUGCUUAACAUGUGAACGGCCCCUACGCUAAUACGAUUUUGUUUUUCUCUCCCUGUCUCGUCCUCAAUCCCGAGGACAUUGAGACAAACAGACCCAGUUCCGGCUGCCGUGAAGGUUAACACACCACUGAUGUUCUGGCCGUCCUUCAACAUGAUGCCCAGCUGAUGCCUGACCAACGACCACCGACAGAAUCCUGCAUAAUCUCCUUACCCGUUUACAUCGCAUAGAAAUAUAUAUAUAUAUAUAUAUAUAUAUAUACAGUCAAUAUUUAUAUAUAUAUAUAUAUAUAUCCCAAGGGUUUUUUAUCCUCCUAUGAGUUUUCCUCCUGGCAAAAAAAUUCAGGAGGUUUUUCUCCUAGGGGGUUUUUUCAACCCCGGGAAGUUAGCCAACAUUGGCUUAACCUAGCACCCUCUUCUAUACAUUACAUCAUCAACACGCUCGCUUGUAAAGCUGUGUUUUCCCCUGCUUCUAUUAUUGUAAAGCUGCUUUGAUACAUUUAACUAUUGUGAAAAAUGCUAUAUUAAUAAAAUUGUAUUG